AUGGAGCCGCUGAUGACGGUGUUCUUUGAGAACGGGGCGCGCUACAACCUGCUGAACAGCGCGGUCCUGGAGCUGGUGGAGUUUGUGCGCAAAGAGAAUAUCCGGGAGCAGCAGCACCAGCCCGCGGCCGGCCCCGGGCCCCGGGCCCAGCAGCAGCAUCAUCAGCAGCAACAGCAGCAACAGCAGCAGCAGCGCUCGCCGGAGGGCGGCAGGCAAGCGGGGCCGCGGGGCGCAUUGCCGGGCGGCGCCGCGGGCGAGCGGCAGGGCGGCGACGGGGGCGGUGGCGCCUUGGAGGGUGGCGGCAGCUGGCUUUCGAGCCUGGCGCAGUAUGGGGAGGAUGAGGAGCAGGAGGAGCCGGCAGCGGGCGCGAGCGCGCCGGGCAGCGCGACGCCGCUGGGGGAGCAGCAGCAGCAGCAGCAGCAGCAGCAGCAGCAGCAGCAGCAGCAGCAGGCGGAGCAGCGGGCGGGCGCCUCGGGGACGCCGCCGAAGCGCGCGGUGCCGUCGCAGCCGCCGAGGUCACCUGGGCAGCCUCAGCAGCAGGGGCAGCCUCAGGGGCGGGGGCAGGGGGACGCCUCCCCCAGACGAGAUCCGGCGGCAGCCACCGGCCCCGCGGCGGCUUCCGUUGCCAACUCGGAUCCUGGCAGCCCCGCACAGCAGCAGCAGCAGCAGCAGCAGCAGCAGCAGCAGCAGCAGCAGCAGCAGCAGCAGCAGCACCCGAAGCGGGCGCCCGAGGGCAACGGGCUGUCCCCAGUGGGCAGGCAGGGCGGCGGCAAGCGGCCCAAGCUGCAGCAGGAGCAGCGGCAGGGCGCGGAGGAGGCCGCGUGCGCCGCGGACGCGUCGUGA